AUGUCGGCCCUGAUGCAGCGAGCCCCUACAGCUCGCGUCAGAUGUCCUCUUGAUCUGGGCUCACGGCUAGGUUCUCGACGAGCAACAGUAGCUCGCCGCGACUAUGCUGUGCACCAGUCUCAGCCACCCAUUCGAAGGAGAGCUGCCGUCCCUCCCUACCAGAAAAUCCUGACGAAUUUCGAAAAUGUCAGGGACAUUCUGGGAUCGCGGAAGCUUACUCUCGCCGAGAAGAUCCUCUACUCCCAUCUCGACAACCCAGCCGAAUCGCUGCUGACCAAUACCGACAACGGCACCAACAUUCGCGGAAAUGCCAACCUCAAGCUCAAGCCCGACCGUGUCGCAAUGCAAGAUGCCUCUGCUCAGAUGGCUAUACUCCAAUUCAUGACUUGUAACCUCCCCAGCACGGCCGUACCCGCAAGCAUCCACUGCGACCAUAUGAUCGUGGGGGAGAAAGGUGCGGAUACGGAUCUGCCAAACUCGAUUGCUGGGAACAAGGAGGUCUUUGACUUUCUCGAGUCUGCCGCCAAAAGAUACGGAAUCGAGUUCUGGCCUCCGGGAGCAGGCAUCAUACACCAGAAUGUAUUGGAGAACUACGCCGCGCCUGGUCUUAUGAUGCUGGGAACGGACAGUCACACGCCAAAUGCUGGUGGACUGGGUGCGAUUGCUAUAGGCGUUGGCGGUGCUGAUGCCGUAGAUGCUUUGGUCGACGCUCCGUGGGAGCUCAAGGCCCCUAAAAUCCUGGGAGUCCGGCUCGAGGGCAAACUCAGUGGCUGGACCUCGCCGAAAGAUGUCAUCCUCUACCUCGCUGGUCAGCUGACUGUCCGUGGUGGCACCGGCUCCAUAGUGGAAUACAAUGGCCCUGGUGUCGACACUCUCAGCUGCACAGGCAUGGCUACCAUCUGCAACAUGGGAGCUGAGGUCGGUGCGACCACCUCGAUUUUCCCCUUCUCCGAGACCCAUAUUCCAUACUUGCGGGCCACUGGACGAGAUUCCAUCAUCGAUGCUGUCAAGGGAAUCGCAUAUGGCUCUGAAAAGUACAAUUUCCUGCGUGCCGACAGUGGCGCCGAGUAUGAUCAAGAAGUCGUAAUCAAUCUGUCUGCUCUCGAGCCGCACAUCAAUGGGCCCUUUACCCCGGAUCUAUCUACACCUUUAUCGAAGUUCAAGGAUGCAGUGGAGGCCAACAGAUGGCCUGAUACCUUUUCGGCCGGUUUGAUUGGCAGCUGUACCAACAGCUCCUAUGAGGACAUGACGCGUGCAGAGGACCUGGUAAAGCAGGCACAGGCUGCUGGCUUGAAGCCCAAGUCCGAUUUCUUCAUUACACCUGGCAGUGAGCAGGUCCGAGCUACGCUCGAGGACAACAAGACUCUAGAUACCUUCACAAGCGCGGGAGGCACUGUCCUAGCCAACGCGUGCGGGCCGUGCAUUGGCCAGUGGAAAAGAACUGAUGGCGUGAAGAAAGGCGAGGACAAUGCCAUCCUUUGCUCAUAUAACCGCAAUUUCCCCGGUCGAAACGACGGUAAUCCUCGCACAAUGAGUUUUCUCGCUUCGCCUGAAAUUGUGACGGCUAUGUCAUACUCUGGAUCGACUUCGUUCAACCCUAUACACGAUGCCAUUCCAUUACCAUCUGGGGAGAAGUUCAAAUUCGAAGCUCCGAAAGGCGCAACGCUGCCCGGUUCCGGCUUUGCCGUUGGAAAUCCUGCAUUCUUUCCUGUAUCUGCCGACCCUGAUCAAAGCGUGGAAGUAAUCGUUGAUCCCGAAUCCUCCAGAUUGGCUAUCCUGGAGCCUUUUGAACCGUUCCCAGAAGGCGAGCUGAAGGGACUGCAGGUUCUGUACAAAGUCAAGGGCCAAUGCACCACAGACACCAUUUCAGCAGCUGGACCGUGGCUUAAAUACAAAGGACACCUCCCCAAUAUUGCCGAGAACACCUUGAUCGGUGCAAUCAACGCGGCAACUGGCGAGACAAAUGUUGCAUACGAUAGCGACGGCACUACAUCUUCCAUACCAGAACUCGCGAAGAAGUGGAAAGCAAAAGGACAACACUGGCUAGUUGUGGCCGAGGACAACUACGGCGAGGGAUCCGCCAGAGAACACGCCGCUCUUCAGCCUCGAUAUCUCGGAGGUCAGAUCAUCCUGGCAAAGAGCUUUGCGCGAAUCCACGAGACCAAUCUCAAGAAACAAGGAGUGGUGCCUGUGACCUUUGUCGACAAGGCAGACUACGACCGAAUUGAUGCUUGCGAUAAAGUCGACACCGAGGGUCUGUGGGAUGUCUUGAAGAACGACGGCCAGGGCGAGAUCAACCUGAAGGUCACGAAGAAGGACGGAACAAGCUUUAGCGUUCCAGUCAAGCACACUCUAAGCAAGGACCAGUGCGGAUUUAUCCUUGCUGGAAGCGCGUUGAACCUGCUUGCGAAGCGCCAAGCAAAUUGA